UGAACCCUCUGUUUAUACCAACUACGUCAAUGUGCAUUUAUCCAUUGACAAGUUGGAUGGCACAAAUUUCGCGACAUGGGCAUCCGAUAUCAAACUUUGGCUCAAGAGUCAAGGAUAUGAAGAUCAUCUCACCCAGAGUGUAACUACAGUUGCUGCAGAUUAAGUCCACCAUUAAAUCAUCGCUGAAACAAAUGUUUCGUUCAUAUGAAACAUGUUCAGACGUUUGGGCACAGGCCAAGUUGUUAUACACCACUGACACUCAGCCCAUGGCUGAAUAUUUGGGCAAAAUUCAUGCCCUUCUCCAUGAGUUUAAUGAGUUAUUGCCUCCGGCCUCCACUCCAGCUGAAGAACUUGAGCAACGGUCAAAGUUCUUUAUGUUAUUGGCAUUACAUGGUCUUUCUGAUGAAUAUUCCCAUGUUCGCGACCAGAUUUUGGGGUCUCCUGUUGUGCCCAACUUCACUGCUACUAGUUCUGCCCUUUUACGUGUGCCAAAAAAACAAAUCAUUGAUAUAUCUACUUGUGCUGAUGAUUCCUCAGUCUUGGUCUCUCAGCGGGAUGAUCGCAAUCGUUCUCGCAAGCCGGGAAAGGGACGACCCAAGUGUGACCAUUGUGGCAAAUUAGGCCACAAGAUUGACAAAUGUUAUGCUCUACAUGGACGUCCUCCUCGGUCUGCUGUAGUGGUUCACUCUGAUCCUCCUCCCCGAUCAGCGACUGUGGAUCCUGCUUCAUCUGAUACCGCAGGGCACCCUGCCAUUUUCAACGACUUUCUCAAAUGGUAUGAGGAACGUCAGAGUUCUAGUUUCACUACAUCUGGCUCUGUUGCACGCACAGGUACAUCAUUUGUUGGCCUAACUCACUCUGAUUCUCUUGGUCCUUGGGUUCUUGACUCAGGCGCCACAGACCAUAUUACUGAUAACAAAUCUUUGUUUUCUUCUUUGUCUUGUCCGGAUCAUUUACCCUCAGUUACAAUGGCUGAUGGGUCUAGAGUCUCAUCUCAUGGUGUUGGUACUGUUAAUAUUUUUCCAUCCAUAUCCAUUGAUCAUGUUCUUUAUGUUCUUGGGUCUCCAUUCAAUUUAUUAUCUGUCAGUCGGCUAACUCGUUCUCUUGAUUGUAUUAUUUCCUUUACUAAAGAUUCUGUUUGUUUACAGGACCGGAGUUCGAGACACAUGAUUGGCACCGGAUGUGAGUCUAAUGGUCUGUAUCAUCUUCAUGCACAAUUUGGUCAUCCCAGCCUUGCCAAACUGCAACAACUUGUCCCCUCUUCUCGUUGUGAGCCACCAUCUACUACUAUAGAUAUCCCUAUUGUGUGUGAUCCUCCUAGUGUGCCCACUUCCAGUGCCACCUCGGAUUCUCCUCAGUCACCUCCGAGUGUACCUAUUGUGGAUAGACCACCUCUUCAGGUUUAUAGCAGAAGACACUGUUGCCAACCACCAACACAUGACUCAUAUCAAGUGCCGAGUUAUUUGUCUCCUCUGGUUCCAACAAUCGAGUCUGAUCUUCCCAUUGCCCUUUGUAAAGGUAUGCGUUCUACCCGUAAUCAUUCCCCUCAUUAUGCUGCUUUGAGUUAUCAUAGAAUCUCUCCAUCUUUCUAUACAUGCCUUUCGUCUAUUUCCUCUUUGUCAAUUCCAAAAUCUUUAGGUGAUGCACUAGCCCACCCUGGUUGGCGUCAGGCCAUGCUUGAUGAAUUGAGUGCUCUCAGGCAUAGUGGAACAUGGGAUCUUGUCCAAUUACCAUCCGGGAAAUCUGUUGUUGGUUGCAGGUGGGUCUAUGCUAUCAAAGUUGGCCCUGAUGGUGCUGUUGACCGUCUCAAAGCUCGUCUUGUUGCCAAAGGUUACACACAGAUCUUUGGUUUGGAUUAUGGUGAUACUUUUUCUCCAGUGGCCAAGAUGGCAUCUGUUUGCUUAUUCAUUGCCAUGGCUGCUCUUCGGCAAUGGCCUCUUCACCAACUUGAUGUCAAAAAUGCAUUCCUCAAUGGCGAUUUGAAUGAAGAAAUUUAUAUAGAGCAACCUCCGGGUUUUGUUGCUCAGGGGGAGUCUUCUGGAUUGGUUUGUCGUCUUCACAAAUCUUUAUACGGUCUAAAGCAGUCUCCUCGGGCCUAG